UGCGAACCACGCCGAAUCUUCAGUCGGUGCCAGCAUUUCAGACCGUUACGACAGCGUUCUUAGGCCGCCCAGAGAAAGUGACCUGAAUGAAGUAGAGGAAAUUCACCUAAAAGCACGUUAUAGCUUUGCCCGUUCUAUAGUGGCAUACUGCCAAGUGUCGUCAAACGAUCUCCAGUGUAUUAGUUGGUUCCGAUUGAUUGGCCGAAAGCCCGGUAUUAAAAGCGUAUAGUAUAGUUUAAACGAAUUGCCAAAAAUAGUACAAAUUAUCUGCUAAGGACAGUACCUGAUAAGAGAAGUCACAAUGUCAGCAUCACCAAUUGCACGUCAAGCCUGCAGCCAGAUGCAGGCCAUUCCGUCGAAGCGCGUUCUGAUCCACGACGCAUCAGAGCUUCCGGAUCUGUACUCAUCAACUCCCGGUGGCACGCUGUACUCCACCACACCAGGAGGUACCCGUAUCGUCUACGAACGUGCCUUUUUGAUGAAUCUGAAAAACUCCCCUCUUGCCCGGACCCCUCCGUCCAAUUUGAGUAACCUGCCUCACAACAUCUUACGGAACAGCCCGAAAGCGGCGCUCAGUAGCAAACCAAAAGCUAAGUCACAGAACCAGAACUCGCCACCCAAGUACGACGAGCACCAGGAACAGUUCGACAUGGACCUGUAGGAUGCUGGGAUCCCUUUUUACUUUGUAUAAUGACUAAGUCUACAUUAAGCCUAUUCACGAUGUAAACUUUAUAAGUUUAUGACACUUUUUCGUCGGUAAGUUUGAUGUAAGAGAAAACUGCUUUUCAAUACAGUCAACACCACAUAAUCCGACUCGAAGACGAAAUGAAACGGCUCACUAAACGUCUAAACGUGACAAGCUCCAGUGCGAAGACUGCUAGGUCUCAUCGAAAGAUGUCGGAAAUGUCGAUUAAAAAUCUGAACUAAAACGCUUUGAAGUCGUUCGGAUCCAUUUGAAGAGCAAAAAUGUAUUUCCCGUGUACUGUCUAACCAUUACGAAAGCUGUCUUUUCAUAUCCUCGAUUGUCACCAUUGUGUGAUUGCGAGUUGUUUGUGAUACCAGAUGACUGAUCUGUGCACGGCUCGGACAUCUAUUUCUAAUGUUAGUUUCGAAUUAAAAAGAAGAAAAAAUAUAGUUCAGAGGACACCUAACCUGUUAAGUAUCUAAAAAAAGAUCGCUCCUGAUCAUUCUACGAGUAGGAUUGGACACCAUUUUUCAUUGUUAGAAUUACUUUUGUUAGGCUAUUGACUCUUUAUUAAGAUUAAAUUGUUCGUGUAGUUUUUCCUAAUCUAAAAGUCAAAUCAGCAAUCUAAAUCCAAGCAUUAGGUUUGUUUUUUUGUAUGACAAAUUUACUCGAGGCAGAAUAACGUGUUUCUAACUAUACUUUAGUGUAGCAGACUGGAGAUGUUACUAUAUAGUUUGAAUGUGAUUCAAUCGCUACUGUUAAAUCACGAUGCAAUGAUAUUCUAAAUGAUUAUAAUCAUAUAAUAAACCAUGAGGUAAAAUUCUUCAAAAAAUAAA